GGCGUCAUUCUUCACUUCCUCUCUCUUCUCUCUCUCUCUCUCUUCUCCUCCUCGCUCUCUCUCUCUCUCAUCGCAAUUCCCAAUUCAAAUGUCAAAAACCCUAAUUCCCAUCGAAAAUCUCCGGCGAUCGCCAGAAAUCGUUUGAGAAUCGCCGCAGUACCCUUUCUACCCCUUUGAGAAUCGCGAAAUACCGAUCAUGUCCCUGCCGCCAUCAUCCUCCAUGAACUCCCAAUCGCCGAGCUUGAAGACCUACUUCAAGACUCCAGAGGGAAGGUACAAGCUUCAGUAUGAGAAGACUCACCCUGCUGGCCUUCUCCAUUACUCUCAUGGCAAGGCCGUGUCUCAGCUGACGGUCGCAUAUUUGAAAGAGAAACCGGCAACUCAACGGCCAACAACACCCACCACACCGAGCUCCAGUAGCGGAGUACGGUCAGCUGCAGCUCGGUUUCUCGGAGCCAGUAACGGAAGCCGUGCCCUGAGUUUUGUUGGUGGAAAUGGAUCAAGCAAGGUGGUCUCUGGUAGUAGUAGGGUUGGAGGGUCAUUUGGAGGUUCUACUGGAUCAAGUGCCUCUAGUAUAAUCUCCAAUUUUGAUGGCAAAGGGACUUAUUUAAUUUUUAAUACUGGGGAUACUCUUUUCAUCAGUGACCUGAAUUCACAAGACAAGGACCCUAUAAAGGCAAUUCAUUUUAGCCAUUCAAACCCUGUUUGUCAUGCAUUUGAUGCUGAGGCCAAGGAUGGACAUGAUUUGCUCAUUGGGUUGCAUUCUGGUGAUGUCUACUCGGUAUCAUUAAGACAACAAUUGCAGGACAUUGGGAAGAAACUCGUGGGUGCUCAGCAUUAUAACAAAGAAGGCACAGUCAAUAACAGCCGUUGCACUUGUGUUGCUUGGGUGCCAGAAGGUGAUGGCGCUUUUAUUGUGGCACACGCUGAUGGAAAUAUAUAUGUGUAUGAAAAAAGUAAGGAUGGAACUGUAGAUUGUUCGUUUCCUGUUGUCAAGGAUAACACUCAGUUCAGUGUUGCACAUGCACGGUCAAGUAAGAGCAAUCCUAUUGCUAGGUGGCAUGUUUGCCAGGGUACAAUCAACAACAUUUCUUUUUCGAUGGAUGGGACAUAUUUGGCGACUGUUGGUAGAGAUGGUUAUUUAAGAGUGUUUGACUACUCGAAGGAGCAACUAGUAUGUGGUGGGAAAAGUUACUAUGGUGCUUUACUCUGUUGUGCUUGGAGUUCUGAUGGGAAGUACAUACUGACUGGUGGUGAAGAUGAUUUAGUUCAAGUCUGGAGCAUGGAGGACCGGAAAAUAGUAGCAUGGGGCGAGGGGCAUAAUUCUUGGGUUAGUGGAGUUGCUUUUGAUUCCUAUUGGUCAUCUCCAAGUUCUGAUGAUACAGGAGAAAAUGUCAUAUAUCGGUUCGGUUCUGUUGGCCAGGACACUCAGUUGCUUUUAUGGGACUUAAAUUUGGAAGAAAUUGCCGUGCCAUUGAGAUGUCCCCCCGGUGGAUCACCCACAUUCGGCGCUGGAAGUCCUCCACAUUGGGAUGAUAUCAUCCCUAUAGGCACCCUUCAACCAUCUCCAAGCAUGAGAGACGUCCCCAAACUCUCUCCUGUAGUUGCUCACAGAGUUCACAUCGAACCUCUAUCUGGCCUCACAUUUACCAAAGAAUCGGUGCUUACAAUUUCUCGAGAAGGCCACAUCAAAAUCUGGGUAAGACCUGGACAUGGAAAUGAUUUCAGCACAAAUUCAAAAGACAGCUCUAGCUCUAUCUUACCAUCAGUUAAGGGGAGUAGUUCAAGUUAUAAGCAGCCUUCGCCAGUUCUUUUGCGCGAUUAGAACUCAGUUACAGAGUUGAGAAAAAUAAUGGAAAGUGCUUAUGUAUAGAUAGAGAAAUUUCCAGUGAAGGAUAUAUGACAGGUUGAAGUUAACCUCCCUUGAAAGUUAUCUUGUAUGCUAAUUGGGUGCCAGCAAUGGUAUGCAUUGAAUUGUUAAUGUCGUUCUUCUAAUCUGCUGGCGGUUCUAUGUGCAUGUUAUUAAAGCAGCUAGUGAAACAGUAAUAACUAAUAAAUGUGACGAGUCUUCAAUUUUUUUGCCCCCUUUUGGGUUGUGACUAUUGCUACACGGAUUUUGGUGUAACUGAUCAAUUAUUUGAAGUAUUUGAUUA